CGUCAGGUCUCAAAGAAGCCGCGAAGGGCUUGAGUUGCGGGUUGUGGUGGACGAUGUUUGGCAUGAGGCGCAUACCAGCCAUUCCACAGUGGCACAACAACCGAGGGGUUGGCAUGGUGGAUGCCUGUGCACACAGCGGCUUUCCUUGGUGAGGGCGUGAUUCCACACACUUGGAAAGACCGAGGUGUGACCUGCCUCCCACGCUUCCUCACGCAGCGCCAGCCUACAUCGCAAACACAAGCACACACAAGCACACACAAGCACACACAUACACACACACAACAGCGCGGUGGUUGUCUGGUUGUGAACUCAGUCACAUCACAAAACAUCGUCAACAGCCCUGAAACCACAGCUCAAAAGCAAGCAGAGUUUCAUCUGCAAGCAUCAAAGAAACGUCAGCACAACUACAACCCCAUCAAGCAAAGCAAGCGAAGCAAGCAAGCAUACACGCAUAUCAACCAGUGUGAACAGCAACCGCGUUCACGAAAACAGCAGGGGCAGGGGUUUGCAGACGUGCAAUUCGCACGAGCACUUGCACACAGCAACACCACCGACCCAGCCAGCAACACUUAUCAACAGCAACAAAGGGCAGCAUGUCUUCACAAAGCGUAGCAGAGUCCAGCAACCAGUCGCUCGCGCCGGCUUCCACCAGCACCAUGGCCACCUCCCACUCAAAACACCCUCCAUGGACAGAGUUGUUGUAUGAGGUGCACAAACACAUCCACGGCCUCGCCAAAGACAUUACGCGCAACCAGCGCAUGUGCGACGGCUGCGCCAACCUCAUCAAGGCCACAAAGGACCCUGUGCGCCAAAAGCAUGUCGCGGUCACCAAGACGUUUGCGGAGUCAACACUGCAGACGCUCCGCCUCAAGCUCACCCGACUUAACGGCGCCAUCCAUCGCGCAGUCUACGAAGGCCUCAAGACGCAGCUGAACCACACCGACAGCAUCCGCAGACCGGAGCAGCUGCUCACACCAUCCAAGCGCUGGAAGUGUCGCCAGCGCGCCGGCACCGUUGAGCUCACGCUUCCAAUGGUUGCUCUUCCCUGGAGAACAAAGGCCCGCAGCGUCGACUGGAAGUCGCAAUUGAGUCGAGAGCUUCAGGAGCACUACCGCGAAAACCCGGCUCGCUUCAGCGCCGUCUUUGACGAGCUCAAGACAGCAUACACAAAGGCAGCGUGCUUCUCCGUGCGCGAGAACAGAAUCACGCAGUGCAUUGCGUACUACCACCACCUCUGCCAGAUUGAGCGCCGCUUCUUCCGUCAGGGACACAUGCACGGCGUGUCCUUUGCCUGGUUUGACCCCCUAUCUGGUGCGGAGGUGGUUACACACCACAUAUCUGCAGAGAAGUUCACUGCGCUCUACAAUGCGGCUGCCGUCUGCACGCAAGUUGCCGCGUUCUACGAAAACCAAAACGCGUCUGGGGUGAAGCGCGCGUGUCGCCUAUACGAGCAAGCGGCAGGCCUGCUCACAUUUAUUCUCGAUUGCGGACUUGCACUCGACGAGGAGUGCACAGAGGACUCGACAAAUGUUGGGGAGCUGAAGCAGACCGUGCGCAUUUUGCGUGAUAUCCAACUUGCUCAGGCGCAGGAGUCGCUCUGGCGCUGCAUGCAACAGCCGGAUGCGUCGUCCCACAACCACAUUCUCAGUGAGGAGGCGGCGUGUGUUGCGCUGACGUACAGCGAACUUGUCGAUCUCAUCUCCUCCGCACAGCAUCCCGCAUGGUACCCAACAGAGUGGCUCACCAUCGCAAAGGCGAAAGUCUCCUUCUUCAACGCCAUUGCGGAGUAUCAUGCGUGGUUGGAAGCAAGGCGGCGGGCACAGGCUGUUUUGGACGCAUCAGCACCUGCCCACGACACGCGGCGGCUUGAGCGUGCACUCGCACUCUUGCAAGAGGCAGAAGACAUUUGCAUGACCGACAACAAGUACGCGCAGCUCGCUGGCUUUGUGGACAUGAUCGGGCAACAGCGGCGGACAAUCCAGGGCGAUAUCGAGGAUACAAUGCUUGUGGAACGUUCCAGUGACGUCAGCUCAUCAGACAGCCUCGAUUCGCUGACAGACAUACAGCCGUUGACGUCACACUGGGCAGAGGCGAGCCGGAAGCUGUUGGAGACAUGUCGCCCGCAGGAUUUGUUUCAGCAGCUCGGCCCUCUUCAGUUUUUCAAUGCGCAGCAGCCAAUUCGCUAUCGAGAGACUCUCACUGUCGCCAAGAAGGAUGAUGACUCGCUCGGAUUCACACUCAUCGGCCAACACCCAACGUGCAUCGAUACUGUGGAUGCGGACAGCCCAGCAGGGAUGGGUGGUCUGCUUGCUGACAGCUUCCUGUUGACUGUCAACGGGGUUGAUGUGCGCGGUGCUAAGCAAGAGGACGUGCAACGAACCCUCGAAGGCGUUGAGUCUCCACUUCGCCUCACCGUCGUGCGGACGUGCUUGGACCCACAUCUGGAUGAAAAGUACUCGCACGCAUCCACCAACCACGGGUCGCAGGCGUACUCCUGCCAACAGAGCACCGUCGACGGAAAAUAACAGCGCCACAUGUGUGUGUGUGUGCGUGUGCAUGCGCGUGUGUCUGCGCGUGUACGUGUACGUGUGUGUGCGCGUGUGUGUGUGUGUGCGUGUGCGUGCGUGUGUGUGUCACUGGCUCGGAUAUGCCACUUGAACACGAUGUUUGUGUCUUGUCUGUCACGAUUCAUUAUUUGGAGAAGCAAAGGGAGGCAGGUGUGCAAGGAUCAUGUAUUUCGUAUCACAGUAGCUCAAAUGCGUGUGUCUGUCUCGCACCAAAGGCAUCGAAUAAAACAGGCAUACAGCAA